AUGAAAGAUACAUCAAAUUCUAUAGAUAGUAAUAAUAAUAGUAAAGAUGAUAACAAUAUAAAUAGUAUAGAUAAUAAUGAUAAUAAUAAAAAUAUAGAUAAAAAUAAUAAAAAUGAAAAUGAAAUGAAUAUUGAUUUAAAAACAGAAAGUAGUAGUAAUAAUAGUAAUAAUAGUAAUGAUGAUGAUAGUAAUAACAAUAAUAAUAAUAAAAAUCAAAAUAAACAACAAACAACAGUUAGUUCAACAACACCAGUACUGAAUACAACAUCUCUGACAUCUAGUCAAUUGAUAAAUUCAUCUAGUUCAAUUGGCAAUACACCAUCACUGCACGGUGGUAGUGGUGUGCUGUUUAUAUUGAAGGAUUCAGAGAUUGUUCGGUUGUUCUCGCAAGUACCGAAGGAAACGAUAGUCAAUUGUAUAAAGUCGGUCAGUCAGAUGUACCAUCUAACGAUUGACGAGACCAUAGAGAAAGUACCAAAGUUAAAGUUACUACACGUCGUCAAUGAGUGUAUCGGUUUCACUGGUAUCGAUGACUUUACCGGAUGUCUGCAACCCAGUAUCUACCCGGCGUUACUCUCGCUACUCGGCUCGCCAGAGGUGCUCGUCAACCAUGCAUUCCUGCGCGUCGAUCCUGCUGCCGCCGACGAACAUCGUCUCUCUUUCUACCAACUCCUAUCGUCGCACAUCAAACGUAGAGGAAUUAACUGGUUACUCGACAACUCUGACGAUUCAAUGAAGUUACAGUAUUGUCAAUCUUUAAAGUUAGAUUAUACCGAACCAGCAACAACAGCAACAACAACGACGACGACGACAACUAAUACAACUACAACAGCAACAGCAACAACAAUAACUAUAAGUAAUAAGAUAAAAGAUGAAAUAAUAAUGAGAGGAACAGAGUCGUUUUUGAAGAAUGUAAAGGCACCGGUGGUUCGUGCUGUGGCCGAAGGUUUGAAGAUUAACAAGGUUGGAAGCAAGGAGUUGAUUAUCGAUAAGAUAUUGGAGACUAUCUUUAACUUUAGACAGUUGAACAGUGCAGAGAAGGAGGAUAGCGAUGAUGGAUCACCGUUAGAGUUGUCUAUAAUAUCGUUGUCGCCACACUCCACACCAGAGACUAUGAUCGAGGACCAAGAGGAAGAGUCAACUCCGUCACCACCACCAACAACAACAGCACCAGUAACACCAGUAACACCAUCAACACCAUCAUCAUCAUCAUCAACUACCACAACAAAUACUACUACCACUUCUACACCUAAUAGAAGAGCAUCUACAGCAGCAGCUAUAGCAGCAGCGAACAACUUUACCGGUACAACAAAGGUAAAGAUACCUCUUAAAAACUUUUCAACAACUAUCACUACGGCAGCGGCAGCAGCAGCGGCGGCAGCAUCUUCGUCAUCAUCUUCAUCUUCCUCAGCAACAUCAACAACUUCCAGUCCUAUUAAAUUAACUAAAUAUCAACAACAACAACAAAAAUUACAACAGCAACAGCAACAACAGCAGCAACAAGAAAAACAACAAAAGCAACAAUCAAUUAAAGAAAAGAAAAUAGUGGAAGAAGAUGCAAGACCAGAGUUAAAUGCAUUUGGAAGAGUAAAGAGAAAACAGAAAUUGAAUAUGAAGUACUUUAAUUCCGAUGAUGAACAAGUCAAUGUCGAGCAUGAAGAGAAACCCGUUCUUCCUAGCCGUACGGCUAUGAAGGAGAUGACACCAUCAAAGAAAAGUACACCAGUAGUAGAGAGCAGCAGUGACGAAGAGGAGAAUGUCGAUGCCGAGGAAUCAGACGAUGAGAAUUCCGAUAACGAUGAAAAGAGCAGCGAUAACAGUGACAAUGAAGAAGAGUCCGGUGCCGAAAACAAUGAAGAUCAAGAGGAUUCGGACGACGAGGAAUCAGAUGAGGGAGUAGAGCAACAAGCAAAACCAAAGAGAAAGAGAAAACCAACCGAAUCAACCAUGAACCCAUUGUCAUUGAUAGUUAAAGGAAUUUCAAGAGAACAACUUCAUACUUUAUUCCAUGCACCAGAUCUAAAAGCAUAUUGUAAAUUAAAUUCAUUAAGAUCAACAGGUUCAAAGAGAGAUAUAAUGAGGAGAAUUUUAUUAUUUUUAAAGCGAGGAACAAACACCAAUAAACAAAAAAAUAAAGUGGUUCCAUCUCCAACACCAUCGUCAGCCUCUGACGGUACAACUACUACAACAACAACACAAACCACGACAACACCUCAAAAGUCAAGGAGAGAAAAAAAGAAGAAAAGGAGAAGAGCUUAUUAA